AUGGAAGACCAGUUCACCAAGAGGAUUCAGGCCAAGAAAGAACGCAUGGCCAAGAAAGAGAUGAACCUUCUGUGGAACCUGGCCCGCGAGCACAAGAUGCAGAUGCCCAGCUCAGCUGGGCUGCACCCUAAGGGACACCAGAAUCGUCUGGGUUCACAAGCAGUCAUGUUGUCCAUGCUGCUCAGGCUGUUUCGUAGGGACAAUACAAUACAACCAGAGACCAGACCUAGGCAGAAGGCAUUCUGUAAAGCAGGAAGAAGGAGAUGGCCCUGGGGAAGACACAGGUCUGUUGGGAAAGAGUCCUCCCAAGCCUACACCAUCAGUGAGCAGGAGCAGAGAAUGAAGAGGUUGGAGAAGCUCAAAAGGGACCUCGAAAGAAUCAUUAAUGAGAGAGAUGAACUCUGGGGAAUCCUGGCACAUUAUAAUGUCAAGGAUUUGAACAACAGGUUCAACUUUGAGACGAUCAUGCUGGAGAUGCAACAUGACCAGGUGACUCGCGAUCUCAAAAACAUUCCGCAGCAGAUCAGUGAGGCCUUGUAUAAGUGCCAGGAGUUGACUAAAAAUAAUCACUUUACAGGUGACAUCAGGAACUGUCACCUCCUGACAGAAUCUCUUCAUAUGAAGAGUGAAGUAAAAAUGCUCUGGAAUGAAAACAGGCAGCUGCUUAAGGAGCAGAUUACACUGGAAGUGUGUUCUAGGAAACAAGGAGGCUAUGUGUGGAGGCCAGCAUGA